AUGGUGCGCGUGCCCGGAUCUCUUGGCGACGCGGGAUUUCACCGUGAGUCCCAAGAUGAUGCGCAUAGUGCCAGGAGGAACUCUACCGGCGGAUCGGAGGCGGAUCGGGAUGACCCUGAUCUCGAGGAGAAGCCUCUACCCCCUCCACAGGUCCUCCCGAGGAACCCCGCGGGUCGCGCUGCGAAGCACGAUCCGUCGGACGAGCACCCAGCAGCGAAAGCUGUUGGAUCCUCGGCCAAAAACCCCGCGCAAAACCAGGGAGCCAUGUCUAAGAAGAAGACACGAGCAGCGCGGAAGAAACUAAGAGCUCCGGAUGCGGAGCCGGAAGAUCGAAGCAUGACCAAAGCGAUGUGGAAACCGGGCGCGCUGGUCGACCCGUCGGAUGAUUACGCGUCGCACUGGAUUCUGGCACCGUGUCUCACGGCCCAUCACCCACGCCGACUUUCCCGUCGAGCUCGGCCCUGCGUCGCGCCCAUCCAUCCGCGUCGAGGUCCAUCAUUCGUGCCCUGGCGCCUUCUUCCUCCGGGGCCCGGUGCGCCCACUUCUUCUGCGGGUCUGCUUCGCGGUACUCCAAGCUUCAUGGCUCGCCGCCACGACGUCGACGCCAACGACAUCGACCUCGAGGAGGAAGAGCUCGAUACCGACGACCUCGAGGCCGCUGGCUGCGCGGUUUGCGCCCUCGGCGCGCAUCGUCUUCGCCUCCCCGUCGCGCCCCAAGUCCAGCUUCCGGCUUCAGGCGCCCCCGUCCACUCGGUGACUGCUCUUGUCGCCGACGCGCACACUCUCCAGCGCGAGAACCAGGAGCUGCGCGCCCAGUACGAACUCGUCUCAGCGCACCAUGCGGGCUUGGCUACUCACGCGUCCGUGCUGCAUGACCGCAAUCUCGCGAUCUUGCAUCGUGCUCGCGAGGGUUUUCGCGCAGGCAUGAUCCGGCUCGAGCAGGCGCUCCUCUCCCGGGAGCACGCCGAGCGGGACUACGCCGUCCUGGAGGAUCGAGUGGCCGACUUCCGUGCUCGUGCUGAGCGCGCCGACGCUGCCAAGGCUCUACUCCGCGCCGAGCGAGGCUCCUCGACAGAGCAAUAUCGUGAUCUUCAAGCUCAGCUCCGGGCGGCACAAGACCAGGUCACUGACUUGACCGCCCAACUCGCGCGCGCUCCUGCUACGCCGCCUCCAUCCACCCGCGACGACGCGCGCGCCGAGCGUGACGACCUUCGCGUCGACCUCGCAGCCGCCCAAGCCGCCCUCGCUCCUAUCCAAGCGCGCGUGGCCGCCGCCGAAGCCGAGCGAGAUCAGAUCCGGCAGCUCGUGGCCACUGCCGAGCAGCAGCGCGACGCCGCUCUCGCCGAGCGUGACCGCGUGGCCCGCGUUCUCAUGGUCGUCGAACAAGAGUGCGACGGAGCUCUCGACAUGCGGGAUCAAGUGCGUCGAGCCUCCACGGCCCUGAGACGCGAGCGAGACGCUGCUGUCGCCGAGAGGGACCAGGCACGUCAAGCCGUGGCCACCCUUGAGCAGCGGCGAGACGUUGCCGUCGCCGAGAGAGAUCAGGCUCGUCAGGCCUUGACCGCCCUGGAGCAGCAGCGUGCCCCGAACGACCUUCGGCGCGUCAACGCGCUCUUAGUGGCCCACGCCGAGGAGCUCCGCCGCGGCGCGACGCGUAUCCACGAGCUGGAGGAGUCAGUGGCUACUGCUACGACUCUCCGUGUGGCCGCCGAGUCCGAUAUGGCGCAGGCUCAAGCUGGCGAACUUUGCGCCACAUCUCGCGCGGCGCAGUAUCGAGCUGGGUGGCUGUCCAUGCGGCGGUCGUAUCAGCAGCAUCGAGGAACAGUCGGCGCCCAGACCCAUCGUCUCAGCGCUCGCGUCGCUGAGCUGGAGGAGGAGCGCGACAUGGCCAUCCGAGAGCGCGACGAACGCGCUGUGGCUUGGCGUCGGAUUCUUCGAGGCGCGCGUCGGGGCCGAGAGCUGGCGCGGCGGGUGCGCGACGAACUUGCCGAUCGUCUCGCCGGCGUCGUAACGCGUGUAGGCGGGCAGAUCGACACCGCUGACCUGGUUAGGCGACUCGAAGCCACUUUCACGGCGGAGAUCGACGUUCCUGCGGCAUCCGCGGUUCCUGUUCCUGCUUCAACUAUCUCGAGCUCUGGUGCCCGGGCGGGCUCGUCGGCUUCGACGGCGGACUCGACGACUGGCCCUUCCCCUCCAGCAGGUCCUUCGGGCUCCCGUCCUGUUCCGACUUCGUCCGCUGCCUCGUCCUCGUCGGGUUUUCGGCGACCUCGACACGGCGCGUCGAGUCGUUCGGGUUCUCAGUCACGCGCGUCUAGGCCGUCAGGAGCGGCGUCCGCUACGUCGUCUGGUUCUUCGCCCCUUCGACGUAGUCGGCGGCCCUUUACCGUGGCCGACACUGCGGCUUCCGACAACGCCGCUGCGCAGGCCUAUACACCCUCUGUGGCCGCUGCAGCUGCAGCGCGCGCACGAGAGGACGCGUCGCUCUUCGGCUCCGGGUCUUCGGACAGCGAGGACCAAGCGCGGCGGGCUCAGUCCAAGUGCCGCCGGCUGCGUAGCCCCGGGUCUCGCUCUCCCUCCUUGGCGUCGACGCGUUCGGCCGCAUUCGGCGCACUCGCCGGAGCUGGACCAGGCCCUGGUCCGGGCGAUUCGGGCGACUCCAGUGGCGACGACUCGUCCGCGUCCUCGUCGUCUCGUGCCUCGUCCUCGAGCACCACCUCCAGCGGCUCGGCGGGGAGUGCUCCGGCGGCGCCCUUCUUCAUUUAG